UUGCAGUUCGCCAUCAGAUGACAUUUCAGUGGCAAUCCAAGCAAGAUGAAGCUAUUUUGGUUACUGAUCGCACUCUUGGCCCUCGCUACUGCUGACGACAGCAGUUCAACAGGCCAGUCUAACGACGGCGACGACAACGGCGCUGAUGACAACGGAGUUGAUGACAAUGGCAACGGCGACGCAGGGGCCGCGUCAGACGUCGAGGGACGCACAAGGACGUCCGAGGCUGGGAAGCAACAGGGCAGAUUCUUUGGAGGAUUGGGAGGCUUGAGUCCUGUUGGAGGUAUUGGCGGUUUCAGUCCUGUUGGAGGUAUUGGCGGUAUCAGUCCUGUUGGAGGCUUUGGAGUGAACCCAGUACUAGGAGGAGGGUUUGGAGCAAAUCCUGCUUUGGGAGGACUUGCUGUAAAUCCUAUUCAUGGAGGAGGAUUGGGCAUUGGGCCUGGUAUUGUGAGUCCUGUGGCUCCUCCCUCCACAUGCCGCUACUGGUGCAGGACACCCGAGGGUCAGGCCUACUGCUGUGAGAACAUCAACCAGCCACAGAGUGCUGCCGGUGUAGUCAAACCGGGAUUCUGUCCCCCCGUUCGUCCAGUGUGUCCUCUAAGGAGCUUCCAGCCACCAUUCACUUGCUCUAACGACGGCGCUUGCGGAGGCAUCGACAAGUGUUGCUUCGACAGGUGUCUCGGCGAGCACGUGUGCAAACCUCCUCUGGGCAUUGGGCGAUAAAGUCCUAUGGAAAUAAUAGCAAACAAAAAAAUAUCAAAUGUUCCACGCUGGAACUAAUGGUAUGUUUUGUAAAAUUUCUACAUGUUCCAUAUGCCAAAAAAUGUAAAUAUGUAAAUGAAUUAAAGAUGUAAAACAUAA